CUCCGAGAUUCAACCCCUCUCUUUUAACAUACCUUUCAAUCCUCACAAAACCAUGGCCAACUUGAGCGCGGACCAGAGGCUUGCCCUCAUCACCGAGAACCUCCAGGAGGUUCUCAACAAGGACAUCAUUGAGGCCAUCCUGGCCGAGGGACGCAGUCCAAAGAUCUACUGGGGUACUAGCCCGACUGGCAAGCCUCACUGCGGAUACCUGGUGCCCGCCGUAAAGAUCGCCCAGUUUCUCGCCGCCGGCGCGGAGAUGACCAUCCUGAUCGCCGAUCUGCACGCCAACCUGGAUUCCCUCAAGUCGACCUUCGAGAUCGUCGAGCACCGCGCGAAAUACUAUGAAUACACUAUCACCGCUCUGCUACAGGCCGUCGGUGUGUCGACCGAAAAGCUGCGCUUCGUUCGCGGUAGCUCUUACCAGAAGAAUGCCGACUACGUGAUGGACGUUUACCGUCUGUCCUCCGUGGUCUCGGAGCACGAUGCGAAGCGCGCCGGUGCUGAGAUCGUCAAGCAGUCCAACAAUGGUCCCCUGAGUGGUCUCUUGUACCCUCUCCUGCAGGUCCUCGACGAGCAGUACCUGGAUGUGGACGCUCAGUUCGGUGGUCUUGAUCAGCGGAAGCUGUUCGCCGCGUCGACCGAGUGGCACCCCAAGCUUGGCUACAAGAAGCGCGCGCAUCUCUGCAACGCCAUGGUUCCCGGUCUCUCCGGUGGCAAGAUGAGCUCCAGUGAAGAAGACAGCAAGAUCGACCUCCUCGAAUCCAUCGACAGCAUCAAGAAGAAGAUCCGCAAAGCGCAGGCCGCUCCCAAGGAGAUCGACAACAACGGUAUCCUCGCUUUCGUCCAGUACGUCCUGCUGCCUGUGUCCACCCUGAAGACCGGCAAGCCCGAGUUCCGCGUCCCCCGCGACCGCGACGGCCUGGAGCCUCUGGUGUACACCGACAUCGAGAAGAUGCACGAAGACUACAAGAACGACAUUCUCUCCCCCCAAAUCCUCAAGCCCGCCGUCGCCGACGCCAUCGUCGAGCUUACUGCUCCCAUCCGCGCCGCCUUCGACGCCAACCCCGACUGGCAGGAGGUCACGCUGAAGGCUUACCCGCCUCCGGCCCCGAAGCAGAAGAAGGAGAAGAAGCAGAAGGAUAAGGGCUCUCGUCACCCUGGUGCUGCUAAGGAGCAGACUCCUAACGGGGAGCCUCCUAAGCCGGCUGAGCAAUAGACUUGCAAAAUGCAUUGCUAAAACUACUACUACAACUUCUUAAAUAGUUAUGGAUUUUUUUUUUUUUCUUAUUGCGUGUCUGAUAUACAAUUGCAUGUGUGAGCAGCAGCGAAUUAGCUAGAAUUGGAC